GUCAUGUGUAGGGCAACAAAUAUGGACGAGUAUUGACUUGAGGCUGCAAGGAGCUCUACGUUGAUUUCCGCAAUUACAACAUUUGUAUGAUAUUGUAACUAAAGUGCAAGAUGGUUUUCGAAUCAUUAGUUGCUGAUUUAGUUAACAAAUACCUGGGCGACUACGUGCAGAAUUUGGAUAAGUCGCAGUUGAAAAUCGGCAUAUGGGGAGGCGAUGUUGUUCUGGAUAAUUUGGACUUGAAAGAAAGUGCUUUGGAUGACCUUGAUCUUCCAAUACGAGUUAUAUCGGGUCACAUAGGUAAAUUGGUAUUGAAGAUUCCAUGGAAGAACUUGUACACAGAGCCCGUCAUUGCCACUGUAGAUGGGGUGUAUGCAGUGGCCGUUCCCAAUACAAGCAUCAAGUACAAUGCAGAAAAAGAAGAAAAAGCCAAACAAGAGAAGAAGCAGAAGGAGCUUCAGAGAAUUGAAGAUGCUAAGGAGGCAGAGAAAGAAAAAGAUAAACCAAAGAAAGACAAAAAGGACUCAUUUGCUGAGAAGCUGGCCACUCAAGUGAUCAAAAAUCUCCAAGUCCAGGUUUCCAACAUUCAUGUCCGUUAUGAGGACAAAAUCAGCAACCCAAAGAAUCCUUUCUCCAUUGGAGUCACCCUCAGGAAUCUGGACUUCAAGACUACUGACCAGAACUGGAAACCAUGUAUUAUUAAGGAGUCUGUACAAGAAAUUUACAAGCUUGUGAAGCUGGAGUCACUGGCUGUGUACUGGAAUGCUGGCUCCAAGAUGUACAUGGACUUCUCAGACAGGCAGGAGAUUGUGAAAGCCAUGAUGGGAGGUAUUGCCACCACAAAGCACAAGACAGACUUUCAAUAUUUGCUCAAGCCAAUCUGUUCCACUGCAAAACUGCGUAUUCACACUCAUCCAGACCGCGUCAACUUCAGCAUUCCUAAAAUCAUGUUGAGUGUGGUCAUGGAGGAAAUAGGAAUUGCUCUGGCAAAAUCUCAGUAUGAUGGCGUGCUGGAGAUGCUGGAGUCAUUUGAGAGGAUGGUGCUCAGUGACAUGUACAGAAAGUACCACCCUGCUGUCACAGGAAUCAAGGGAAAUGUCAAGAUUUGGUGGCACUUUGCAUACAAAUGCAUCCUUGAAGAGACAGUGAGACGCAGGAGACGCAUGUGGUCCUGGAGACACAUCAAGUCCCAUCGUCAGAUGCUCAGGACAUAUAAAGAUGCUUAUAAAAAGAAACUCACCAGUAAGAAAAUUAGUGGGGAACUCAAACAGACACUAGAGGCAUGUGAGAGAGAGCUGGAUGUGUUCAACCUGACUCUUAUGAGGCAGCAGGCAGAACUGGAGGUCCAGAUGGCAGGAGCCAAAAAGGCUGCGGAAGCCAAGCAAGGGGGCUGGUUUGGUGGUUGGUUUGGGGGCAGCAGUAAGAAGAAGAAUAAAGACGAGAAAGGAGUGGAGGAAAAAUUCUAUGAAUUGAUGACUCCAGAAGAAAAGGCCAAGCUGUAUGAGGCUAUAGACUACCAGGAAAAUGCAGUAGAUUCUACACUGCCAAAAGAUUUUGUGGCAGUGAAGAUGCAUUUUGCUUUGAACAAUCUAACAGUGGGUUUAUGUGAUACCACAAAGACCAAUCCUCAACUGUUGAAUCUACAACUGAAAGACUUGGUCACUGCAAUUGGACAGAGACCUUCGGCCAGUGCUGUCAAGAUAGAAGCCAAGUUGGACUCAUUUGGUGUGUUUGGAUGCCCUGUGAAUGGCACUGCACCUAAAAUGGUGACGAGUCUGAAUCUGGAGGCUGACAAGAUGAUGCCACUGUUGGACAGCACCAUAGAGACCAACCCUCUGGAUGGCCAAUGUGACACAAGGGUUGUUGUUAGGUCAAGGCCACUUGAAGUUGUAUAUGAUGCGAAUACAAUCAACCAAAUAGUAGAUUUCUUUAAACCUCCUGAGUCUGUACAGUUGAAACAACUGACUGCUGCAGCUAUGAAACAAUUUGAAGACUUAAAAGAGCAAUCAGCUGCAGGAUUGCAGCAUGCCAUGGAGCAGAGGAAGUUCACUGAUAUCAACAUUGAUAUCAAACCUACACAUGUAAUUGUACCUGAGAAAGGGGUAUAUACAAGUGAUGCCCACUUGCUGGUGCUUGACAUGGGGCACUUGAAGAUUGCCAGUGAAAAGCAGACAGAAACACUCGUAGCUAAGACAUCCUCAAUGGAGGAAAUGAUGAAUAAAGCUUACGAUCAAUUCAAUAUCUCACUGGAAAGUGUACAGCUCCUGUUUGCUGAGCCAGGCGAAGAUUGGAAUGCAGCAAGGAAACUGAAAACAAGUGGAUUACAUAUACUUAAGCCAAUGGGUCUGAAUGUCGCACUGUACAAGAGUAUGGUAGAUGAUGUUCGAAUGCCGAAAAUGAAAGUGAAAGGGGAGCUGCCUAUAUUGAGCCUGAAUAUGUCUGACUACCGCCUGCAGCAGAUAGUGCGGCUUGCUACCAGCAUUCCACUGCCUGAGUCCCCGCCUGCCCUGGAGGAACCAGAGGAAUUCUUGGAGUCUGGUGCCCCACUGCCAUUUGAACAGUCGGUCUCCCUAAAGGAUAUCCCAGUGGGUUCUGAGGAGAAGGUAAAACCCUCUACACAGACAUCCACCACAAGUCAGGAGUAUGUCAACAUGACUGAUCUGGAACUCACAUUUGAAAUUAAAGAGAUAGCUCUCAAGGUAUACCAGAGGAAAGGGGAUGAAAAUGUCCCACUAAUGAAACUGAUGGUCAAGAGAAUUGGGACAGAGGUCAAAUUGCGGUCAUUUGAUAUGAUGGUCAAUGCUUAUCUGGGAGCUGUCUAUGUCCAGCACCUGCAACUCAAAGUAUCUGACGCUGUGCUAAACAGAGUCCCAAGCCAGGAACAUCAUGAUGAAACAGAGGAGCUUGCUUUAGAACAGGGCCCUUUGAUCAACAUCAUAAACACACCAGGCUCAGGGGAGAGUGCCUUCAACUUGCUGGCUGUAGAGUAUGUGAAGGCUGACAAAACUGGACCAGAGUUUAAGACCACAUAUAACAACACAGAGCAGAAGAUCAGUGUGAAUUUCACAGCAUUAGAAGUGCUUCUCCACGAGACGGCACUUCUGCAGCUUAUGGAGUUUGCACAGGGGCUUGACUUGGACACAGGACCAAAGACUGUCCCUGAACCGGAAAAGAAAGAAGAAGAAAAACAAGACCAAAAAGAAGAGCAAAAGACUGUCGUGCCCAUUAGACGUCGUAAAGUGUAUGAUGUCAUAGAUGUUCAGGUGAAUGCUUUGAUGGAUGUCAUCUCACUGGGAAUAUGUACAGAUGAAAGGAUCCUUACCGAGGUCAAGGUUAAAGGUCUUGAGGCAGGAGUAACAGUACAGAAACACCAGACUGCAAUUCAGGCAUCUCUGAAAGAUUUAAUUGUCUUUGAUCCAAUGAAAGAUGCUUUUUACCCUAAGAUUUUAUCAACAACAGACACUGAAGUGCUGAAGCUGAACAUAGUUGCAUUCAACAAUGCCACUGAGGGAGAGGGUUAUGCAGACAUGAGUUGUGUGGACACAAAGAUAGGUGUCACUCUUGGCUGUGUGAAAACAGUGUUUCUCAUGAGAUAUGUCAAUGAUCUUCUGAAAUUUCUAGACAGUUUCCAGGCAGCCAAGGAAAAGAUGGCAGAGGCCAGUGUAGCAGCUAUGGAGCAAGCCAAAGAGGCAGCACAAAACUUGUAUGAGAAGGCACCAAGAGUGAUGCUAGACAUCAAAUUAAAGGCUCCUAUCAUUGUUAUUCCUCAAGGUUCCAAAUCCAAUAAUGCAUUAGUGGCAGAUUUGGGACUCUUGCAGCUUUCCAAUGACUUUAAGUUGGUAGACAAGAAGAAUGAAGUGGGAAUGCCAGCUGUGUUGGAUAACAUGCAAAUACAGUUGACAUCUUUAAAACUCAGCAGAGUUAUCAUGAAGGAUGAGAAUGUGGUGGCCGAGUGCCUGAUGCUGGAGCCAAUGACCAUUGCCUUGGACAUAACUAGGAACUUGGCCCCUGCCUGGUACAAGGACGUUCCCGAGGUGGCCAUACAGGGGCAGAUGGACGCUGUCUGUGUUGGAAUGAGCCAGGGAGACUUCACUGUAGUGAUGUGUAUGCUGACAGAGAACUUGGGAGAGGGUUCCCCUCAGACAUCUGGCGGAGGUGGAGUCAAAGAAGAAUCCAUUGAAAAGUCAUCUGCUCAAGCAGUGGAAGCAGCACCAUCAUCAGGAACAACAACAGCUGCAGUACCAGGAACACCAGCAACCAGUGUUACACCCAGGGUCAAAUUUGGCUUUGAAGUGAAGAGCAUAUGUGCCUCUCUCUACACAGGGGAUAGCAGUCUGUCAAAUGGAGAAAGCAAGAGGCAACCCAGCACAGCUCUUGGGAGGUUUGAGCUGCAGACGAUAGCAGUGAAAGGAGACAUGAUGACGGAUAACUCCAUGACAGCCAGUGUCAUCCUGGCAGACAUUGUACUGGAGGAUACGAGAGAGAUUAAGAAAGAGUCUGCUAUAACAAGGAUGAUCCAGCGCGUGGCCAGCACUGGCCCAGUGGACUCCGGUCACUUGAUAGAUAUGACCUUCUCUCAGGAUGCCAGUGAGAACAAGAACUUGGACCUACGUCUAAACAACUUGCAUGUGUGCCUGUGUGUGGAAUACUUAUCGUCUUUGGCAGACUUCUUUGUCAAAGGUUUACCGCAGACUCCUGAUGCACCCCCAGCCAAACCAGGCUCAGCUCGUAGAGAGGCUCCAAAAGCCCCGGCAGUACAGGAGCAGCCCCCAGUGGGUAAGAUGAACAUCUCCAUGACAGUGGACAACCCAGAGAUUGUCCUGGUGGAAGAUGCCUCGGACAGCAACACCAAUGCUCUCAUCAUGAAGACCCAAGUGGAGUUCAGCAUGCAGAUAGAUCCGGAGAUGCAGCAGAUGAAAGGAACAGUGAAGAGCCUGCAGUUGUUUAGGUGCAAGUUUGCUGAAGAGCUCAGAGCCUCCACUAAGCAGCAGAUCUUGAGUCCUAUGGACGUGGCCUUACAUGGCAAAGCUCCCUUUGGUAAGGGUCAUCACAUAGAUGUCAUGGUGACAGAUGUUGUAUUCAACAUCUCCCCAGCAACUGUCAGGAUACUCUCAGCUGUAGCUGCAGGCUUGACACCUCAACAGUCUGAAGAAGAAAAACUUGAACCAGUUCCUAGAGACCUGUGGGAGAUCAAGAAGAUUCAGGAUUGCAAACUGAGAUUCUUGGAAAUUGAUGAAGGCUCGGAUGUUGAUGAAAUAAUUGAGGAGGAAGAUGUGGUGGUUGAAGCAGUGGAGCCAAGAGGAGAGCAGCUGAUGCUAUCUGUGCCCAGCAUCAUAGUGAAGAUAGAAGGUGGAGUUGGGAAGAGGACUGUCCCACUUCUUAUUGCAGAGUCAGCUUUCACUGGAGAAGUCAGAGACUGGAGCACAAAGCUUCAUGUUGAGAGCACCCUGUGUCUGGAGGUGGCUUAUUACAAUGAGAGACUUGCUGUGUGGGAGCCUCUGAUAGAACCUGUGGAGUCUCAGGGUAAACAUAGACCAUGGGAGAUCAACAUGACGGUGGAUCAAAAUGAUGAUAUCCUGCUGGAUGCUGCCACCCCAGAGGAGGAGGAAGAGACAGUCAGGCUGCCUCCACCUAAAAUGUCCAUUGGUAUUGCCUCCAAUGAUGCACUGCAGUGUACCAUCACCAAGACAUGCCUGGAAGUGCUGGCUAACCUGGGCAAGGCUUUCAGUGAUGCCUACAACCUGGUAGACCAGUCUCACAAACAUGAAAUGGCUGCACCAUUUAUCUUCAAGAAUGAAAGUGGUCUUUCUAUCUCUAUGAAACUGGACCCUUCAAUUGAGGUUCCACCCAAUGCUGAGAAUGGCAUGGUGAAGAUGCCAUCUGGAGAAGUUGUACAGCUCACGGUGGCCAAGCAGAAAAAGCUGAAUAAGAAAACAUCUGUGAUUAGUAAGACACAGCUCACUGAUGAGAAGAACUUUGUAUUCACUGUAGAGGAAUUCAAUGCCACCAGACAGUUGACUGUCACCAAGGCUGAGAAGAGAUCAUUUGACAUCAACCAGGUGAGCUACCCUGGUGACAUCUGGGCACUGGUGGCAGAGACACAAGCAGACAUUGGCUGCAAGACCAUUUUAUUCAGGUCCAUGAUCAAGGUGACCAACCACUUUGACCAGAACAUACAGGUAUGGUGCCAGGAGAUCGACUCCGACCCAGAGAGCCAGGACCACAUGGAGAAGAUUGGCGACCUGGCACCUCACGCCACCUUCUGUGUCCCACUAGACUAUGUGUACGGGGAACCAAACGGCUUGUUCUUUAAACCUGCUGGAGAGAGCUACAAGACCUCCAGGGGUUCUCUUUCCUGGAAAACUGCUCAGCACCAGAAGCUGAAUAUCAUCACCUGUGAGGCUGCUGAGGCUGGGCACCAAGACUUCUGCAUGAAUGUUGUUCCGGAGAUUGAGAAAGUCUUCUAUGAGGACACCACAGACACCAGUCCCAAGUCAUACACCUUCCAUCUUUAUCCCACUGUGGUGUUACAUAAUCUGCUGCCGCAUGAUGUGGAGGUCACUCUCGAGUUUCAGGGUACAGACAGCAGCAUCAAGAUACCAAAGGGUGACCAUGCUGCUCUUCUCAAUGCCCUGGUGGGACAAACUGUUAUUGAGGUCAAGUUGCCUUCCUACCUGGGCAAGGACUGGUUUGCCAGGAGAAGUGUGGACUCCUAUGCUGACAGCCUCAACAGCUGGACUUUUGAAGGAUACGAAGGAGCCAACAAACACACACUGGAGCUUGGACUUCACACAAUUUUCACUGAUGGUCACCUGGGUCUGUCUCUGUUCUCACCAUAUUGGCUGAUUAACAAGACUGGUCUGCCCCUCUCAUAUAAGGGGUCUGAUGGAGAUGUCACCAUUGAGCAUCCAGCAGAUCUCCAGGAUGCAGUGCUCUUCUCUUUCAAACCUAGGUCCCUUCUGCAGAAAAAGAAGUCAAAGAAGGAAAAGGAUUCCCCCGCUAAAGAUAAAAGUGCCACUUCUAAAGAGAAGUCUGGCACACAAAAACAACCUUGGAAGAAAAAUGGAAAAAGAGGAAAGGCUUCUCUUAAGGUGUGUGACUCUGACUUCUCAGAUAAGUUCUCGCUGGACACAGUAGGAAGCAGUGGAACAGUAACCUGCAAAGCCAAAACACAGACAUAUGAGGUUGGUGUGGGCAUUAGCCUGGCUUCCUCUGGGCUGACCAAGAUAGUGGUCUUCACACCAUUCUACAUGCUGGUCAACAGAUCACGGGACAAUAUCCAAGUCUCUGAGGCCGUGGAGGGGGCUCAGUGGGUAGAUGUCCCAGCUGGACAGUGCAAGCCAUUCUGGCCAAAGCAGGGAGGGAAGAAGUUCAUGAUGAAAGCUAAGAUGGCCAACGGUGAACAGGAGACUGCCAACUUCCUGUUCAGUGAAGAGCAUACAACUCUAUUAAAGAUGGAUUACCCUGUGGGUGGAAUUAAUGUUGGCUGUCAAGUGACAGAGUCAGCAGUGGUGGUGACUUUUGAAAGCUACAAGCCAGGAAUGGCGUCUGCUCUGAUUGUCAACCAUUGUGAAAUGAACAUUGACAUUGUUCAAAGGGAUCUCAAGGACAGCCUGACCCUGCCUCCACACAAGGUUGUACUCUACACGUGGCAGGACCCAGCAGGGAAGAGGGAGAUUCUGUGGACUUGUGGAGAAAAGAAAAACCAAAAAGAUGAUUUGAUGAAGGAUGGCAUAGGGGAGUUCUUUGCCAACUCGGAUACCAAAAUGUACUGGGUCUCCUUCCUAAGUGGUGAACAGAGAGUUUUAUUAUUCACACAAGACCUGUUGCUGGCUACUUUUGCACAAGAGGCAGGGGAACUGGAGAGAAUAGAGCAGGAGAUCACUCUGUCUAUCCAAGGUGUUGGUUUGUCACUGGUGAAUAAUUAUAAGAGACAAGAGGUGGCAUACCUGGGAGUUACUAGCUCUGGAAUCAUCUGGGAGGAGAAGAAGAGGAGGCGGUACAAGGCAUUGACAGGCAAGCAGUGUGCGGCACUGGAGACAGCGUUCCAGAAAUACCAGAACGACCUGGUGGUGGGGAAGAAAGCACACCCACUGCAGUCCCUGGACAAAAUGGAGGUUGAUUUCACAGUGAAUGAGGUGGAUGGGACCAUGCAGAUGCUGAAGCCCAAUAAACGUCCCAUCAGACGCAGUUACCAGGAGGGCAUCUGGCUACAGUACAAAACUUCCCCACACCAGCUGCAGCUCCAUGCUAAGAUCAACAGAGUCCAGCUAGACAACCAGGUGCCUGCCUGUGUAUUCCCCACUGUGUUGGCUCCAAUUCCACCACCCAAAUCAGUGGCUGCAGAUAGUGUACCCAAACCUUUCACUGAAGUCAGUAUGAUGGUUAGGAAACAUGAGAACACCACAGUACAACAGAUCAAGUACUUCAAAGUAUUGAUCCAGGCAAUGUCAUUAAAAGUGGACCAGAGCUUCUUGAAUGCCAUGAUAGAGUUGUUUUCCCCAGAGACAGAGAAGUGGAAGGAACAAGAGCUUGAACAAUUUCUGCUGGACCUGAAGCCUAUAGACCAGAAGUUGCUGGACAUGGACAUCUGCCAGGCCAGUGCAGGAGGGGGCAGCAAGAACUACUAUGACAUACUGCACUUCUCUCCCAUUAAGAUCCAAAUCAGCUUUAGCCUUCAAGCCAGUGGAGACAAACCCACUGGUCUCAAAUCUAAUGUUGUUAACCUCUUCCUGCAGAGUGUUGGCAUUGUGUUGACAGAUGUCCAAGAUGUUGUCUUCAAGUUAGCUUAUUUCGAGAGGAACUACAAACUUUACAGCCAGGCCCAGCUGAACAAUGAGUUUGCUCGCCAUUACACACAACAGGCAAUCAAGCAAAUGUAUGUCUUGGUGUUGGGUCUUGAUGUUCUUGGAAAUCCAUUUGGUGUGAUUCGAGGGCUUGCCACUGGAAUUGAGGAUCUUUUCUAUGAACCAUAUCAGGGUGCCAUCCAGGGUCCUGAGGAGUUUGCUGAAGGUCUAGCCCUGGGAGUCAGAAGUUUGUUUGGACAUGCAGUAGGUGGCGCUGCAGGAGCAGUUUCCAAAAUCACAGGCACUCUAGGUAAAGGGCUUGCUGCCCUGACGUUUGACGAUGACUAUCAGAAGAAACGCAGAGAAGCCAUGAACCAAAGGCCUGCAGAUUUCAAGGAAGGACUAGCCAGGGGAGGGAAGGGCCUUGUCAUGGGUGUUUUUGAUGGUGUAACUGGCAUAGUGAGGAAACCAGUGGAAGGGGCAAAACAGGAAGGAGUAGAGGGCUUUUUUAAAGGCCUUGGCAAAGGUCUUGUUGGUGUUGUGACCAGACCAACUAGUGGUGUCAUUGACUUUGCUAGCAGCUCAUUUGAAGGAGUUCAGAGACUUGCAGAAAAUGUAGUGGAAAUCCGCAGACUACGACCUCCAAGAUAUCUUCAGAAAGAUGGCAUAGUACGACCUUUUGUUCUGAAAGAGGCAGAGGGCAAUGGAAUUUUGCAGGACAUGGAGAAAGGAAAGUAUGCCAAAUCCGAUGUUUAUGUAGCUCACGCCGUGGUAACUAAAGAUGGAAAACAUAUCCUCCUGGUGACUGACAGACGUGUAAUGAUGGUGAACAGGGGGGAGAUCUUUGGGCAGUGGGACUGCAGUUGGAACUAUCAGUGGGCCGAGUUGAAGGAUGCUCCAACUGUCACUUCCAAGGGAAUCUCAAUACUACUCAAGGAGAAAGAGAAGAAGACGUUCCCAUUUUCAUUAGGCAGCAGCAAAACUGAAAAAGUUGUUCCAAUACAAGAUUCAAAACUUGCUCAGAAAAUUGUUGGACACAUGAGAGAUUGCAUGGCAAGACAGAAGUAGUCCUCCAUUCAAGAAAGAGAAGAUUUACUGGCAGACAUUGUGGAAUAUGAUUUGACAGCAUAAACCUUGUCAAAGAAACAUUGAGAAAAAUCAACAAUAAUAUAUUGAUUAUAUGAACACUUAAAAUACUUACAAAUAUAUGUGUAACCUUCACUUACGUUAUGCUGCUUAAGCAUAAACAGGAAGUCUAUACAUUUUCUUUUUCAGUACUGUUCUUAUACAGCAUGUAUAGGAUAUCUUUUGACUGCCAUUUGAAAGCUGCUUCUGCUAUUUACUAUUGUCAAAGAAGAGAUAUUUUCAAAAUUUGAUACUUUCUAUGUUUAUAAAAUAUGUGUAUAUGCAACAUUUUCAAUGCUACUAAAUAAUGGAAAACAGCAAUCAAUUUGAUUUAAUUGUGACUGAAGUUUCAAUGAGUAUACAAUUUGAUCUUCAUGUGGUUAAGUUGUAUAAUAUUAACUCAUAUCUAAAGAGAUGUCUACUCAAAUUUUAUGCCUUGGAACUAGAGGCCUCAUUUUUCAAUCAAGUUAAGAUAAUGUCUUUACCAAGAAUUACCAGAGCUCUGGUUAUUGAGAUUGCUUGCCAUAUUACUGCAACUUAUUGGUAGAGUUAUUUAAGAAGCAUAAUCAGUGUUGUAGGUGGUGCUUUGGCUGUCUGCACUAGCUGAAGCACUUUAAAUUUGAGCUUAAAGCUUAUAUUUAUGUAAGGUUAGUUUGG